AAGGCUAGACUACUGAGCCACAACCCUAGCCCCUUUUAGAUCAGUUUUUAAGAAGGGGGUUAAAGGCUGUGGAGAGAAAGCCUUCCUGGGAAGGAGAUAUUUCAGGAAAGGCUUGAAGGUAGUGAGGCAGCAAGUAAUAUAUCUGGGUGAAGCAUACCAAGCAGAGGCAACAUCAGACGUGGAUGGGACCAUAUUUUACUGCUCAGGAACUGUUGGAGGCCAGUUGGCUGGAGAAGAGUGAAAGAUGAUUAUGAGAGACAUUACAGGAUGCCAGGUCGCUUGGGGAUUUCAGACCUUCAUAAGAAAUGACUUUCACUCUGAGUAGGAUGGAAGCCAUCGGGAAGCUUGUAUAGCUGACAUGUCAUUUGAGGAACUGUUGAAAUUGCAGAGCCAAGUGGGAACCAAAACAUACAAACAAUUGGUAGCUGGAAACGGCACUAAGAAGCAAUGUUCUAGACCACCUGUCCGAAAUGCAUGUGUUGCAGAUAAGCACAGGCCUCUGGAGAUGUCAGCCAAGGUUCGAGUGCCAUUUUUACGUCAGGUUGUUCCAGUCAGUAAAAAGGUGGCCCGGGACCCUCGCUUUGAUGAUCUAUCGGGAGAAUAUAAUCCUGAGGUGUUUGACAAAACAUAUCAAUUCUUAAAUGACAUCCGAGCCAAAGAGAAAGAGCUUGUGAAAAAACAGUUGAAGAAGCGCCUUUCAGGGGAGGAACAUGAGAAACUGCAGCAACUGCUUCAGCGAAUGGAACAGCAAGAAAUGGCACAGCAGGAAAGAAAGCGGCAGCAGGAACUUCGCCUGGCCCUGAAGCAGGAGCGGCGGACUCAAGCCCAGCAGGGUCAUCGACCAUACUUCCUGAAGAAAUCUGAACAGCGUCAGUUGGUCCUAGCUGAGAAGUUCAAGGAGCUGAAGCGCAGCAAGAAGCUGGAGAGUUUCUUGAGUCGAAAGAGGCACCGAAAUGCAGGCAAGGACAAGAGACAUCUCCCUUUGAGCAGAGAAUAUUGAAGAACUGUCAUCUGUUUGCACUGCCUAGGGAGACAAGGGUCUGUGGAGACAUGGAUCUCUGGGCUCAUUCCUGGUUCUUUGCUGUUCAAGGGCAAGGAAAGAUCACAUCCAAUCUUGAACUCAGAAGAUUAGGGCUCUUGGACUCCCCCUAGAGCAGGACAAGAAGAAUAGCUCAGCCUUCUGCUACAUCACACUACCUGUAUUUGAAUUUGGUUCAUUAUGUCCUCCUGCCUUUCUUCCAUCCUAGUCUUAAACCAGUGAUUCUGGUACUGAAGAAAUGGGACCAUGAAGUCUGUGGCUAUAGGGCUGGGACUUUAUAUAGGAAUCAUUUCAUAAACAUCUGUUAUUUUUCAUUAUUUUACUGUUUUGUAGAACUCUUUUAGUGGGCCACACUUACAAGGAUAAACAACCAACCCUACACCUUCCACAAGUGAAAAGUCAGAUCAGAGACUCUUCCUACUUAAAUCUGGGUCCUGAAAAGAUGACAGUUAUUUAAAGGGUCAGCCACUCCCACAGAACUACUUGGUUUUAAUUGUAAGAGGAAAUAGGAGGUAGGGACAUAAAGCUUUGCUGAACUGGGCACAGUGGCACAUGCCUGUAAUCCCAACAGCUGGGGAGGCUGAGGUUUGAGGAUCCCAAGUUAAAAGCCAGUAUCAGCAGUUUAGUGAGGCACUAAACAACUUAGGAAGAGCCUGUCUCAAAAUUUAAAAAAAAAGCAGGGCCAGGGAUCUAACUCAGUGGUAAAGUACCUUUGGGUUCAAUCCUCAGGACCAAAGAAAAAUGUAGGGUAGGGCUAGGAAUGUGUCUUGGUUGUAAAGUAUCCCCAGUACCACAAAAGGGAAAAUUAAAAAAAGAACUAUAUCUAUUGCUUGAUGUCUCUGAAAUGGGAGAAAGAUGUCCUAAUGAUAGAAAUGGAAGCUGAAAUGCUCCUCUCCCCUGAUUGUAAGCCUAGGAUCAUAGCUAUCAGUAUAGUUUGCCUUGCCAGGAGAGUGCUACAGGGUCCCUGGUGUCAUGUGUGUCAAUCUUUUUUUUUUUUUUUUUUUU